CGUACAGCAGCGCUGACAUGAAGAAGCUAAACAACUAGCAGCUCCGAAAAUGAGCUCAUUAUUAACGACCUGAAAGUCAUUUCACAUUCGAGCCACGUUGUUUUUUAGUGUCUAUUCAUCAUGAACUGAAACGGGCCUGAACUUUGCUGCACAUGCUCUCUUUGGACACAUUUAGGGCUGUUUAACAGACUUCACCAUGUCGUUCCUGGUGGACUCCGUCAUCAUGUUUACCUCUCAGGUGUUUUUUUUCGGUUUUGGUUGGUUAUUCUUUAUGCGGCAGCUCUUCAAAGACUAUGAGGUGCGACAGUAUAUUGUCCAGGUGGUUUUCUCCGUCACGUUUGCGUUUUCAUGUACGAUGUUUGAGCUCAUUAUCUUUGAGAUUCUGGGUGCCUUAAGUACCAGCUCCAGAUAUUUCCACUGGAAGCUAAAUCUGUAUGUGAUUCUGCUGGUUCUGAUCUUUGUGGUGCCUUUUUACAUCGGUUACUUCGUUGUCAGCAACAUACGCCUGUUGCAGAGACAACGGCUUCUUUUUGCCUGUAUGGUGUGGUUUACCUUCAUGUAUUUCUUCUGGAAGUUGGGUGACCCAUUUCCCAUCUUAAGUCCAAAACAUGGGAUUCUGUCCAUUGAACAGCUUAUCAGUCGCGUUGGUGUGAUCGGAGUCACUCUCAUGGCACUGCUGUCUGGCUUUGGUGCCGUCAACUGUCCUUACACGUACAUGUCCUAUUUUCUCAGAAAUGUAACAGACAGUGACAUCCUUGCUCUGGAGCGGCGGCUGCUCCAAACAAUGGACAUGAUUGUCAGCAAGAAGAAACGAAUUGCCAUGACGCGGAGGCAGAUGUAUCAACGCGGGGAGGACCAGAACAAGCAGACAGGGUUUUGGGGCAUGAUCAAGAGCGUCACCUCCACACAAACAGGCAGUGAAAAUCUCUCUCUGAUCCAGCAGGAGGUGGACGCUCUCGAGGAGUUGAGUCGACAACUCUUCCUGGAGACCGUCGACCUGCAGGCCACCAAGGAACGAAUCGAAUACUCAAAGACAUUCCAGGGAAAAUACUUCAACUUUCUUGGUUACUUCUUUUCCAUCUACUGCGUUUGGAAAAUCUUCAUGGCCACGAUAAACAUCGUGUUUGAUCGAGUUGGGAAGACGGAUCCAGUGACGAGGGGGAUUGAAAUUACAGUAAACUACUUGGGUAUCCAGUUUGAUGUGAAGUUCUGGUCUCAACACAUCUCCUUCAUCUUGGUUGGAAUAAUAAUCGUGACGUCGAUCAGAGGUUUACUCAUCACUCUCACCAAAUUUUUCUGUGCGAUAUCAAGCAGCAAGUCCUCUAAUGUCAUCGUGCUUGUCCUCGCUCAGAUUAUGGGGAUGUAUUUCGUGUCGUCGGUGCUGCUGAUGCGGAUGAGCAUGCCGUUGGAGUAUCGCUCCAUCGUGACUGAGGUUCUGGGGGAGCUGCAGUUUAACUUUUACCACCGCUGGUUUGACGUGAUCUUCCUGGUCAGUGCGCUCUCCAGCAUCCUCUUCCUUUACCUCGCCCACAAGCAGGCGCCAGAGAAGCACAUGGCUCUCUGAUCGCCUGUCUGGCGUCUUCUCUCACAAUGAACCUGCUGGGUGACUUUUAUUCUGGAGCUUGGAUGUCCAGAAAUCACUUUUUUUUGUUUUUUUUUUUUAAUUCCUGAAUCAGGAAUGUCUGAUUUUUGGGGGCAAUGUUUUUGGGAACUGUUGGAGCACCAAAUGAAACAUCUUUAGAAGGACACUUUUGCAAAAUGUAAAGGUUUUAUGGCUACGUUUUAAAAUUACUGCUUUUCUCUCCAGGAAGUACUUUGAAAAUGUUCUGUGCUCUGAAUUUUGAUUGUUUUGUCAAAACCUUAAUUUCUUUUUGUCUAAACACACUGUUUCCCUGUUUUAGUUCCACCGAUGUGCACAUAUGAAGGAAAUAUAAAGAUUGCACUUGUGAUCAAUAAUUGUUCAGCUAUCUAAUUUAACAAGAAAGAAAACAAACUUUCUUCAAAUUGUUGCUUUUUCUUGUAUUAAAUUUUUACUUUUGUUUAAAGAAUGAGAAACGAUUUUCUCUUAAACAUCACAAGUGCUACAUAAUGGCCUUUUUUUUUAACACCAAAAUCCUGAAGUCUGAAUGAAAUAUUUGUGACGUGCUUUCGUGAAAAUACUUUUUCUUUCUUUAUUUUAAAGAAAAUCUAUGCAGUUAUGUUCAAAGUCGUUGAUUUUAGAGGGUUGAGUGAGUUUCUCUGAUCCAGUCCCACUAAUCUGCUCCCUCUAUGUAAGAGGAUGUGCCUUUUAUUUCAUUGCUGUACAGCUUUGCAAUGCCACGGUAGCGCACUUUUGUCACAGUUUAAUAUCAGGCUUGAAGCACAUUUUUACCAUGUGAGAGCGUUCGUUAUCCGGGGUAAAACGCUGCAUCACAGAUGGGAAUGCUGAAGUAAUGUAAAGGUCAGCUGGUUGAUAAGCUAGUUAAGACAUUAAUAUACAAUAUGUCAAGAACCAAAAAGUGCACAUUUGCUUUUGAAAAUGGCAAAACUUUGUGAUUUAUUGCCGUGCCGACUGGGAAACCCGGCUUCUAGACACAGAACUGCAUUUUUAAAGCAAUUUCUUAUGUGAUGUAAUAGCAGUUUGCAAAUCUGAGCUGCUCACUCCAUGAUUUAUGAGACAUAUAUGCUCUCAAGCACAGAAAUCAUUCAUUUAUUUAUUGUUUCCUCUCCAUGUGUGUCCCUUUUUUAAAACCUUUAAUAAAGGCGUCCGUCGGUACAAAGACAAACUAAUACCCGAGAGAUCACUGUUUACUGUCCUUAUAGUGACUUUAAUGUUGGUACCAUUAGGAAAGACAUAGUCGUGGCAUAAACACUUGAGAUUUGAAAGCAUUUUCCUAUCUUCUGCUCAUGAAACAUCAGUUCUCACGUGAAUCUGAUUUGGAGAGUGAUUUCUGAAAGUCUGUAUUAUCUUUGUUGUGUGCUCCAGCUCAUCUCUUGUGACUUCUAACCCGAUGAAGCUCAACGAGCGCCUCGUUAGAGAGGAAAACAAAAAAAAAACACAAAGAUCAUCAUCAGGUCAGGGCACAUCGGGGUCGUUAUUCAGGCUCGUCAAAAUCUCUCAUCGACGCUGUCCACAGAUGAAGAUGAAGACACAGAUGGGCUCUAAAAGAGAGAGGGGGGGGGGGCAUUAAAUACCAUUAAAUACGGUUCAGUAAUCAUCUGAUGGUUAAUGAAACCUAGACCAUGAUUAAUAAACUAAAUGCUGUCUAAAGUUGAGCAACAUCCUAAAGUCCUGUAGUGCUCUGUAUUAAUCUGGGCUUCCUAGGACAUUUACAAUCCCAUUGACAUCAUGUUAAUGUGUUGCUUAUAUUUACUGUUUAUGAUCACUUUAAAGAGAUUUGAAUAUGCAAUAAUAUAUCUUCAAGAAACCAAAUAUGAGUAUGUUUUUGGCUUCAGGCAGAUAAACAGAGCGGAGAGUAAAAGAGGAUGUUUUGGACCGACACCAGCUUUUUGAAUUUAGGAUUCACAAUCUUUAUGGGGUGUUGGCAUGGUCUUAUUGGGCAAUAAACCCAAUAGGGCUUGAUGACAAUCUUAGUUUUAGUCAUCAAUAAAAAUGUCACAUUUUUAUGUAACAAUGCGUCACUAAGCUUCACCCUUGGGACUAAAAAAAAGGAAAAAGAAAAGGAGGAAAACGUCUCACACCAACCAACCUUAGUUUAAACUAUUUAAUUUGAUGAUUCUUUUUUCUCUGACAAGAAUAUUUAGUUCUUUUUUUAAAUACCUGACAUGUUUCGGCGAUUACUUCCGCCUUCAUCAGAGCAAAUUAAAUUGUAAAGC